UAGUGAUAUGGAAAAGGUAGAGGAGAAAGGGGCUGCAUAUGGAACAGAGGACUACACACAAGACGGGACUGUCGACCUCCAAGGAAGACCCGUUUUCAGAUCAAAAACCGGCAGAUGGACAGCUUGUUCUUUCAUUGUAGGGUAUGAAGUUUUUGAGAGGAUGGCAUAUUAUGGAAUUGCAUCAAACCUGGUGGUGUAUUUGACAACGAAGCUGCAUGAAGGCACUGUAACCUCUUCCAACAAUGUCACAAACUGGGUUGGGACGGUGUGGAUGACACCCAUUUUGGGAGCUUAUAUUGCAGAUGCUCAUCUCGGCCGCUACUGGACUUUCGUCAUUGCCUCUGCCAUAUAUCUUGUGGGAAUGUCCCUGCUGACGCUAGCAGUUUCACUUCCUCAACUGAAACCACCAUCAUGCGACCAUGGAAUUAAACUUGAAGAUUGUGAGAGAAGAGCCACCCCAUUCCAAGUCGGAAUAUUCUACUGUGGAUUGUAUAUCAUUGCACUGGGAACUGGUGGCACCAAGCCAAACAUCUCAACCAUGGGCGCCGACCAGUUUGAUGAGUUUGAGCCUAAAGAGAAGUUCCAAAAACUCUCCUUCUUCAACUGGUGGAUGUUCAGCAUUUUCUUUGGCACGCUUUUCUCAAACACCAUUUUGAUUUACAUCCAAGACAAUGUGGGGUGGGCACUUGGCUAUGGACUUCCAACAAUUGGCCUUGCAUUUUCCAUUUUGGUGUUCUUGAUGGGCACUAAGUUUUAUAGGCACAAAUUGCCUUCAGAGAGUCCCUUUAGUAGAAUAGCUCGUGUACUUGUGGCGUUUAUAAGAAAGUGGAGUGUUCCUGUCCCAGAUGACCCUAAGGAGCUUCAUGAGCUGAGUUUGGAAGAGUACAACAAAAACCCCGACAAAUGCAGAAUUGAUCACUCCCCUUCACUAGGGUUUCUUGACAAAGCGGCUGUAAAGAGUGGACCAACCUCACCAUGGAUGCUAUGUGCAGUGACCCAAGUCGAAGAAACCAAGCAAAUGAUCAAAAUGCUUCCAAUUUUGGUUGCAACGUUUUUACCAAGCAUGAUGUUAGCUCAAGGAGGAACUCUCUUUGUCAAACAAGGAACUACACUUGAUAGAAGCAUUGGACCGCAUUUUGAUAUUCCACCAGCAUCUCUGGCAGCAUUUGUAACAAUCUUCAUGCUGAUAAGCCUUGUGCUCUACAAUCGCUGGUUUGUUCCGGUGGUUCGGAAAUAUACGAAAAACCCUAGAGGAAUCACAAUGCUGCAGAGACUAGGCAUUGGACUUGUGUUGCACAUCAUUAUCUUGAUGACUGCUUUCUUCGCUGAAAGAAGAAGGCUGAGUGUGAUACAACAACAUAAACUGUUUGGGAAAAGGGACACAGUUCCUCUCACAAUUUUCAUUCUCUUGCCUCAAUUUGCUUUGGCCGGGAUUGCAGACACCUUUGUCGAAGUGGCCAAAAUAGAGUUCUUCUAUGACCAAGCACCACGAGGCAUGAAGAGCUUGGGGACCUCGUAUUUCACUACUAGCUUGGGAAUAGGGAGUUUUCUUAGCAGUUUUCUUCUAAAAACAGUUGCAGAGUUCACCAAGAAACAUGCCAAAAGGGGCUGGAUUUUGGAUAACCUGAACCUCUCUCAUCUAGACUACUACUAUCUGUUCUUGGCCUGCUUGAGCUUUCUCAACUUGCUCUUCUUUCUCCUGGUUUCCAAGUACUAUGUUUAUAAUGCUGACUCAAGGGAAUCUACGGGAGAUUUCGCCGUUGAAAUUUUGCACAGUAAAACUUCAGCUCAAGAUUACAAGGAUGCCUCAAAUAGUCUGCUUAUGAGUUGAUAACGUUAGGAGUACGAACUCUUCUAUAGGAAAUAAGUCGCUCUGUUCUGAUGAAGAUUUACCAUGGUGCAAAAACGUAUAUAUAUGAAAGUAUGAAAUUUACAGGUUCAAAAGUCUA